AUGACAAAUUGGUCAGAUUAUCUUUGUUUUCCAAUACCUCCUUGGCUUCGUAUAGUAUCGAUGACGUUUACCAUUUCGAAAAUAUGGGAAUGGUUCGAUACAGCUAUUCUAAUAUCAAAAGGACAGUCUUUGAAAAAAAUUGGAUUUCUCCAUAUUUAUCAUCAUGCAACAACAUUUUUAUUAUUUCUAUGUGUGAUGAAUUUCCCUGGUGGAGAAAAAAGUGGAAUGCUAUUAAAUGGUUUUGUUCAUACACUCAUGUAUUAUCAUUUUGCUUUUCGUUUACCAAAAUUAUUACGUCCUAUAAUUACAACAUUGCAAAUUAUACAGCUUAUAACAGUUACUUAUAAUUGUCAUGUUGUACCAACUGUAUGUUCUUCACAUAAACAAGAAUAA